CCUUUGUACGUAUAACCCUAUCCAUGGUCAUGGUUAGUCUUAGCCAUCUCCUUAACAGGUUCUCAUUGCUUCUAGCACUACCCCUUUUCGACCCCAUUUGCCCCCAGUUGUCUUUUCUUCUGCAACAGAAGAAAUAGCGUACAUAGCGAUAGGGGUGUGUGUGUGUGUGUCUAUAUAUAUAUAUAUAUAUUAGACACAACAAAAGAAAAAGAAAGAUGAUAUUAACAAGCUUAUACACACACGCACACCAAACUUCUUUGUUUGUUCAAGUGGUGUUUAUUUAAUUUAAGUGAAGGAGAUGGUAUUAAUUGGUUUCCAGAGUCUGGAAAUUGGUCAAAGAUAUUAGCCCAGCUGCUUUUAAGAUCUUUUAGAGAGAGAAAGAAAGACAAUGAUAUAGCUUGGUUUAUUUGAUUAAAAAGUAAGAGGCAAAAGGGGUGGGUGUAUAGAGCCAGAACUCGAUGACGGUUUGAUUCUCUCUUUCUUUUCUUUUGUUGGUGUAUAGAGAAAAUUCUGGGGUUUUGUUGUUUAGAUUGCAAAAUAUUACGAAUUUGAUGGGUAAGAAUAAGAGGCCUCAGAAAACGAAGGAGCUUUCAGUGGCAAUAGCAGAAGCUUCAGCUAUAGAAGAUGAGACCCGGCAAGAGCCUCAAACUCCUAGAAAGAGAGGUAGACCACGCAAGAUUAUUGAAAAGAUUGAAAGUGAAGUGAAAAAAGAGGAAUCAAGAGUAGAAGGAACACAGGCUACCGAACAAGUUAUUGGGAGUCAAUCAGAGAAAGUUAAAACCAGCCCACAGGAAGAAGAACAAAAGGUAGAAAUAGAAGAAUCAUGGCGUUCUAGUUCUACGAGAGGAAAAACGAAAGAAGAGGAAAAAUCUGAAAUGAGGGAACCUCCAGGGAGAAGCCGAAGGAGGAAAGGCAAACCAAGAAAGAGCAGCUAAACAGGUAGCUAGCAAUGAUAUAUUUGAAAUAGCCCUUUAUUUAUUUCAUCCUCUGAUUAAAAUCAAAAAGAGGAAGGAAGAGGAAUGAACUUUAGUUUAUAGGAAUUAAGCUUCUUGAUUGUCUCGAUUUGUUUGCUCUCUCUUCUUAUGGGACGCAAAGUAGAAAGGGCUUUAGCUUGUUAUUAAUUGCUUUGAUUGUUCUUAUCAUCCAUUGAU